CACUGAAGUUAGUCGAAUUGCGCGAAUAGGAUAUGAUCUAUCGUGGGAUGAAUAAAUCUCAUUUUUAUAUACAUAUAUUAAAUUCUUAUUGAACACUGAUAUAAAAAUACAAAAGAUUAUUGAAAAAAAAUAAAAGAAAUGAGCAUCGUAAUUUAUAACUGGUUUGUGUUGGUAAAACAAGUAACUAACGUCAAGGGAUUUUUUUGCGGUGCAUAUUUGACACUUUGCAUUGUCUUUGCGAACGCGUAAAUGAAUUACAAUUGAGUGGAUUUCGUUUUGUCUGUCAAAUAUAUUAACGUUGAUACGGUAUUUGUUUUAAAAAAUUUUAAUAUUAUUUUGUGGAUACGUACAAUGUUAUUAUUGGUGGCAUAUUUAUUUUUUCAAGAUUUCCGGUUACAAAACUCGAAAAACUUAUUGCUUAUGAUAUGAAUGAAACCUACAUAUGGUAAUAAUGUAUGUUGGUAUAUCUGAAGAUGCCAAUUCUUAAGGACCAACGCUUCUGUUGAAGUGUUUGAGUUCAAGAGGCCUGCCAAGGCACAAUGAAAGCCAUUGUAUCAAUUACGUUGAUCGUGCUAUUAUAUGGGAUAAACUCAAUACCCAUUAAUGCUGUUAGAAUAUGUGCUAGCAGGAAAAAAAGUAUUGAAAACCUCCCUUUAAAACAAAAUGCACAAAGUGUACCUGAAAAUAUAUCCAACGACAGUAAUGUGGUUCAUACUACAAAGGAUGAUGAUAUUAAAUUUGAAAAAUGUACCAAUUUUUGUCAUGCACUAUGGCAGGAAGAUAAGACUACAAAUGGAACAGAAAUUAUCAUUUUAUCUCAAGGCUGUUGGAAACAAUCUGGUGAACAAAAAUGUGAAACUUCCGAAUGCAUUGCUCUUCAACGCUCUACUAAAGCAUUGAACAAUACAAAAUUUUGUUGUUGUCAUGGAGACUAUUGUAAUCUUAAUAUUAAUAGCACCAAUAUUCUAUAUUCUGAUAAUAAAUUACAGAGCUCCAUUUCUACAGAAAAUAAUCAACCAACGACUGAAUAUUUGGAACAACCAGAUUCUGGAAGAUGGAUCCUUAUUAUAACAAGUGUGCUAUUGUGCAUGUUAUUAGUAAUAUGUAUUGUAGCAUUAAUGGUAUAUCGUGUGUACCAUACCAAUAUGUUAGCAAGAUUAGGAAAACCACUUCCAUAUUCUGAUCAGUUUAUGGACAGUACAGCCCUGAGAACUGGUACUUACACAGUAGAUCAUUUGAAACUUACAACAAUUGUAGGGCAAGGACGUUAUGGAUCUGUAUGGCAAGGCAGCAUGGGGGAUCAAGAUGUUGCUGUAAAAAUAUUUCCUUCCCAUUAUCGUAAUUAUUUUCAAAACGAACGUGAUACUUAUUGUCUUCCCUUUAUGGAACACCCAUCGCUAUUAAGUUAUUACGGUGUAGAUGAGAGGGUUAGCAUGGAAGGCAGCGUUGAAUAUCUUUUGGUACUUAGUUUUGCAUCAGGUGGUACUUUAACAGAUUUCUUAAGAACUCAUAUAAUCGAUUGGAGUACAUUUUGCAAGAUGGGUCUCUCAAUGGUGAAAGGACUUGCUUAUUUACAUACUGACAUACAUAAAGGGGAUAAAUUCAAGCCAUGCAUUGCACACAGAGAUAUCAAUUCCAGAAAUAUAUUAAUCAAAGCUGAUGGUACUUGUUGCAUAUGUGAUUUAGGAUUGGCAGUUCAAAUUGCUGGUUCUAAAUAUUAUUCAAAUGGUGAAGAACAGCAUGCUGAGUUAAAAUCAAUUAAUGAUGUUGGUACUUUGAGAUAUAUGGCGCCAGAAAUAUUAGAGGGUGCUGUUAAUUUACGAGAUUGUGAAAGUUCUUUGAAACAAAUAGACGUAUAUGCAAUGAGUUUAGUACUAUGGGAACUCGUUUCAAGAUGUUCAGAUAUAUAUAUGCCAGGAUCAGAAGUACCUCCGUAUAGACAACCAUACGAAAAAGAAAUUGGUCUUCAUCCAACUUUUGAACAAAUGCAAGUGUUAGUUUCUCGUAAUAAAGCAAGGCCAUUAUUGGAGGGUAAUUUAGUAGACAGACCUGGAGUACGACUUAUUAAAGAAACUAUGGAAGACUGUUGGGAUGCAGAUGCGGAAGCUCGAUUAACUGCUUUAUGUAUAAAAGAACGUCUUUCGGAGCUACAGUCUCAUCGUGUGCCUUCAACUACAAACAGCCUUUACAGUGAAUCUUCGCAUCACGAUAAUGUUCACGCCAUUCAACAAACAUCCCAUACAAUACAAGACAACUCGAGCAACGAAGGUGGCUUUGUUGAAAAUUUAGUAACACUAUCGCCUUCUGAAAGCAUUGUCCAUGAGCAUAGCUUUAAAAAUUCAAAUGAGGUAGCAAUGUAUAACCAUACGCAAGCACUUCAACCUUACCAAGGUCGAAAUCCUUGUAUGGAAAGAAAUUUAAUGUUACAAUCAGAUUCCUUUGAAGAUUUAGGAUGUAAUGGUAAUGUGCUUGUUGAUAAGUCUAUGAAACAUGCAUGCAACGAUCAAUACAAAAUUGUGUCAGAAGCGCAGGGACUUGUUUCUCAUGAUUAUUUAAGUCAACAUACAACUCAAUUGACGCAGUUAAGACCGGCCACACCUAUACCGUAUGUUCAAAACGUUAUUUCGGAUGAUGGCACAUCGUCGUAUGGUAAACGGAAACAAACGAAUAUGCAUGAGAUUUGUACACAAGAAAGCCCUAGGAAAAAAUUAUUUGGCUGGUCUAAUUUUAAAAAACUACUGGUUAAUAAGAAAAUGUAUCCAUACAAUAAGUAUCAAAUAGAUCGAGAAGAUUCUAAGUCUAAUUUAUUGACAAAACAGAAUGUACAGAUCAAAACUGUGGAAACUAACGUAACGAUAUCUCCAGGGGGAAAGUAUGUAAACGGUAUUAUCAAUAAGGCACCUACUUUUUCCUCUCCGUUAGACAAGAACGAUAAGAAUGCUAUACAAAUUGGAAAACAAAACUUCGAUAACGAAAGUAAUGCAAAUUCUAGACCAUCCACUUUGCCUCUUGUAAAUUUGAAAAAUGAAAAAAGUAAGAAUAUUAGUAGACAGGAAAGUAUUGACAAAUUCAACGAAGUUUUUAACGUUGGAUCUAAUGUGAAUAUAUUAAAAGAUCCUCACAUGAGAAUAAAGACACCAGGAGAUUUGCCACCUUCUGUGAGAAAGGUUCGUGGCCGUGGACAAUCAACUGCUAGAUUUUCUCUGUACGAUGAUCGAAUGAUGUGCAAUAUUUUAAGUGAAGAAGACGAUAGAAAUGAUAAGACUAUUUGGAAUUCAGUACCACUUGGUAUGGAUCUCGGAGACAGCGAUGACAAACAUUCGCCAGAUAAAUUUAGUACCAAAAACGUUACUUGCUUUUAAUCGAAAAUAAUAUUAAUAUAUUUGUAAAAGUUUUUAGAAAUAAGCAUAAAUAUGGCUGUAGUAUAACUUCAGCUUCAAUAUAUACGUAUGUACAGAAGAAAAUAUAAAGACAGAUUUUAUACUCUUAAAAAAAAUUCAUUAUGAAAAUUCAAUUACUAAAAGAAACAACAUUGAAGAACAAGGAAACAGAAUAUACUCAAAUAUUACU